UUCAUUAUAGGUUAUCCAGUAGCUAUUAUUGCAGAGAACAGGGCUUUUCUGUUCGGAACCAGAUUGGAUUAACCAUAUUCUGUUGCAUCAGGUAAAUGUGAGCAUUCACUUAGCAAAUGCUAGUAUAGUAUCAGUUUGGACCUGGACUUAAAUAGAGUGUCAUGUAUAUUAAUGACAAUUUGUCAUUUGUAUGGUCUUUUGACUUAUGAAACUAUUUUAGCUGUUUUGACAUUUUUACUCAUUCUUCUUUUUUUGUUUUUAUUUUGUUUUUAUUUUUUAAAGGCAUAGUUUCAAAGUCCUAUGAAUGUCGCCUGAAGGGUCAGGGAGCUACAUUUGUGGAAACCACCAGUCCUUUUUCCAGCACAGCCCUUGAUGAAAUUUCUCCAGUUAAUGAUAAGAUCCUUCACGGUGGCAGGGAACAUCCGCAAUCCCCCGAGCAAGUUCAACAGGUCAUUAUUAUUCAAGGAUAUGACAGUGAUUUUGCAAUUGAUGCCUCAGUGGAGGAGACUGCAGCAGCUACCCUUCAGACAUUGGCAAUGGCUGGCCAAGUGGCAAGAGUUGUCCAUAUUACUGAAGAUGGACAAGUUAUAACUACAAGUCAAAAUGGUUCUCAUGUGAGCAGUCUGAUUCCAGGAGAGAUACUCACUGAACAGCUGACAGAUGGGAAAACACAAGUGGUGGUGGUUGAAGCCCCACUAGGAGGAACUGAUAUUGAAGAUGCUGUUUCCAUAGGGACAGAUUCCGACCACAGUAAUACCAUGGUGCAGCAUAUAAUGAGGCACGACAUUUCAGAUCCAUCAGAAGUUACCAGAGUUCACCCACCAGAGUCUGCCUCAGCACUGGAUGCCUUGCUUUGUGCUGUAACAGAGCUAGGUGAAGCUGAAAACAAAGCAGAACUUCUGGAAAGGGCACAGCUUUGUCACAAAGAAGCACUGCAAGCAUCAAAUUCAGAAGCGGAUUCUGUUUCCAAUGAUGGCAUGACCCAAGGGACUCAUAUGUUCCAGGAUUUUCAAGGAACUGAGGAAGGCAGGGAACCCAUGGAAGUAGUAACACAGGUUGUGCACCCAUCUACCAUAAUUUCAUCUCAGGAGAGAACUCAGGUGACCUUCAAGAAGGUGGUUGAGGGAGUGCUCCAGUUUGCUGUGUGCGAUAAAGUUGCAGCAGACCAGCUGAUGAAAGAAGGUGUCACUCAGGUUAUUUUGAAUGAGGAAGGAACUGUACAUAUGGUGGCUCGAGAAGGAUCUCAGAUAAUAAUGCAGGAAGCUGGCAGCCACACCCUGAGUGUCCAAAGUGAGCAUAUGGAUUUGGUUGGGUCUGAUGGAGAAAUUUCACAGAUCAUCGUCACAGAGGAACUUGCCCAAGCCAUGGUUCAGGACACCAACAGCAAUUUCUCUAAUGGUGCAACUCAUUACAUUGUAACAGGAAUACCACAGGAGAUGGAGGAUGAAUCUGGGGUUUAUUCACAUACUGUGAUAGAGACAGAUGAACCUCAGGAGAUUUUGCAGGCUGGCACUGUUAUAAAUUCCAAUAACAUGUCCUCUAAUGGAAAUGGUGAACCCCUAGCUAGCAUGGUCAUUUACACAGAAGAUGGUUCACAAACAGCUAUUAUCCAGGGCCAAAGAGGUGGCAGUGAACUAUGAAAAAACAUGAAAAAAGCUCUACCUGAUAGGGUUGACAAAGACAAGGUUAAACAUCAGACAGUUGGAGACAUUGUAUUUCAUUUUUAAUUUGUAAAGCAUUCUUAAAUGGUAUUCUUCAUCUAGGUGUUCAACAUAUCUUGUAUGAAGUUAGCAUCAGCAGCUGGGAACAUUAUACAGAAAGGGAAUUAUUCUAGUCUUGCAUGAACAACAGUCAGGCCUAAUUACAAACACUGAAAGAUUUACAAAAUAACACCAAAACAGGCAUAUGUGCAGCCACGGAAGGUAACAAGAAUUUAAUUCUUUGCAUUAGUUUGGGUUAUUUUGUUUAUCACUAGUUAUUAUAUUGUGACUUUCUAGUGUUACAUUUGUCUUUCUUGUGGUUAAUUAUGUUAAACUUGACUUGCAUUUGGAGAGCAAGCCAACUAAACAUGCACCUGUAUCACCUAGUUCAGAUAUGCAUAUACAAUUUGUAGAUAACAACUGCAUUUUAAAAUGCAGCAGUUUUUACAGUCAUAGAUUUGCCAGGUAUUAUGAACAUUUAUAAUCCUAACUCAAUUAUUGCUACACCAAACCCCCUGUUCCCAAUGAAACAAUUUCAUGCCAUGUGUUUGAGUUGCAUUUCUUUGAAUAUAUUUGAAGGUUUUUUCCCCCCAUUGGCUGUCAAGCAGAGCCCUAAUUAAAAUUUCUGUUGCAGUAUUCAAAAAGCACCUGUUGAUUCGGAAGGGUCUUUGUGCAUGUAAAUGCAACUUAGUUUGAUAUAAAUAAUUUCUUCAUUUGAAAUAUCCAUGCAAUGUUUAUUUUUUAAGAGCUAAUAUUGCUUCACAUAUAUACUAUUCUGCAUUUCAUUUUAUGAAAGACUUUUGGACACAUUAGAUAAAUUGAUUUCUUUACAUAUAAAUUCUGCCACCAAUAUUAACAAGUGAAAGACAGUUGACCUGACAUUUCUUUCUGGAUCACAAUGUUGAUGAUCUUGCUGUGGAUAAGUUCUGACUGUUCAAUGUAAGUGCCUGUUAAAAACAGUUUUCUGAUUCAAAUGCUUCUGUUUUCCUUAAGACAUGUAAGCUACAGUAUAGACUGGGGGGUGUUUGGGUUCUUUACAAUAAAAUGAUAGCAUUUAAAA